AUGAGGAAGGCGAUCGCCACUGCCUCUGAGGUGGGUGCAAGAUGUGGUGGAGUUUUACGCUUGGGCCAUCGAAGGUUCGCAAUGAACUCUGGGACUUCGUUCCAACACUUGGCUUCUCACCUACGGCAUGUUCAAGACCGGUUGCGAGAUGCAGAAGCCGGCAAAGUCACCCGAGUCGGUGAUGUGUUGUAUGAUGCAGAAGUUGAGAUCACGAACAGAAUUCAGCGACAUCUUCGAGACAUGCCGAUGAAGAUGAGUCCGGUUAGCGUGUUUUAUUGCUUACGGACAGACAUCAAGGCAAUUCUGGCACGUGCCCGGGAAAGUGAGGCACGAGCAACCUCUACGGCUGCAGGCAAGCAAGACAAACGUUCGACAGGCAUCGCCAGUCAUCCUGACAGUGGAGACAAAGACACAGCCGACUCCCCCCAACAGAAACAAGACUCCAAAAACCAGAACGCCCUCAAGCACGAGGGUGGCUAUGGUUCGUUCAAUGCUUGGAGGAAGGCGCAGAGCCAACAUCCAAAAGAUGAAGCCUUCGAAAUUUUCAUGAAGCUGUAUCGAACACAACGUGAAGGGUUGUCGCUCCAAAAGCGAUACGACAUCAUACGUCGCCGGAGAGCAAAGCGCAAUUAUGCUCUUUUGAAUGAGGGGUACAAAGAGGAAGAAGAAGAGUAUGAGGCGGAGGAGGAGGAGUUUCAAGACGGCUGGAGACAGCAGUCCAUACUCGAAGACCUCUGGAAGGCAGAGUAUUAUCGACAGCAUCAUCGGAAGCUGCAGGAGGACAUUCCGGAACGAGAACAACUGGCAUUUCGCACCGAUCGAUUGGCAGAUGUUCUGAAGAAAGCUGUGCAAGGUGAAUAUGCAGACCAGAACCGGCCCGUGCUGACGCAUGAGUUAGCAGACUUUGACAAUCCAUAUAUGAUGAAGCGCACUGCAAUGGAGCGGCUUUUGCAUGAGAGGUGUGUCCGCAACCAGCUCGAUGAACGCUGUUUGCCGCGGCUACUUGACCAGCAUCCGGAUUUGACCAAGCUUCGCCGACAGGCGGCGCUGCCACCAGAGGUGCUUGAGCCAUUGGCUGCUUUCCGAGGAGACGUGCGAUGGCACUUUAAUGCGCGCACGCGCCUGAGGCAGAAGCUUCAAGCGGCCAAUGCUGCCCUGGGUGCAAUCAGCCAAUCUCAAUCCCUGAACGAAAUGCUCCACGCUUUGCCAGAGAACCAAGUCGAUGAGCCAUCUGCGCAAAAAGUGGAGGGCACCCAUCAUCCGUGGCGAAAUCACGUUGGCUUUGACAGCGCUGUGCCCAGGGGCGUUGCCGGAGGCACCAAGUUUGGACAGCCCGAGCCGGAACUCCAAUCAGAGAUCGCGCGUCUUAGAUACCCCACCCUGCAGAGGGUGGCUCACUCUUUGCCAUCUGACCCAAAGUGGCGGGCCCAUGUCGUGCGUUCAAUUCGGGUGCUUGAGCGGUCCAAGGAUUGGGAUUACAAAUCAAAGAUCGACGCCAUCAACCGAAUGAAGGAGGUUUAUGAUCAUCUCAAGCCCAGUGAGGUCUACACGACAGCUUUAGACGAGAAGCUGCCUGUCAAUCGUAUUUCUAGUAGAAUAAAACGGAAGUAUGCACGAGAUGUGGAGUAUGUGAAGACGUUCCCCAAGAAGUGGCGACGCGUGAAGAGCAUGACCAGAUACAGGCCGAGCUUGACGGCGACCGCUCCACUGAAGAAGGACAAGAAGAAGUAA